AAAAAACAAAAAAUUGGUUUAAUUGUUUUUAUGGAAAUUUUAACAGAUUAACAUCACCAUGCUGUCAGUUAUUGAUGUUUUUAUUUACUGUUGUUUUUCUCUGUUGUGUUUUCAGUCGCUGCGUCUGAAUCCAGAAAGAACCGCAGCGGAAACAAAUGAGCUCUCUUCCUGCCCCGCUGAGGACUGUUGACCUGUCGGGACAGACGAGGCUGGAGGAGUUACGAGAGUCUGAAAGCAAAAAGAAGCCAAGAUGUCUGAGGGAAAGAAGAUGACAUCGAGCCGCAGGCAUCAUCUCAAGAGUUUGAUACUUCAGAUCGCUGUCACCUGGCUGGAGCAGGAAGCCAACGAAAUCGCAGCCGCCAAAGAAGCUUACAUGGCGGAGAAAUGCGCCGCCCCCGACCUGAGCGGAGACCAGGCGGCUCUGAUGGAAGUCUGCAAGAAGCUGCACCAGGCCCUCGACAAGAUCGAUGAGGAUAGAUACGACGCCGAGGCCAAAGUGGCAAAGACAGACAAAGAGAUCGAGGAUCUGAAGAUGAAGGUGGUGGAGCUGGCCGGAGUGAAGAAACCCGCCCUGAAGAAAGUGCGUAUGUCGGCCGACACCAUGCUGCAGGCUCUGCUGGGAGGAAAACACAAGGUGACCAUGGACCUGAGGGCCAACCUGAAGCAGGUCAAGAAGGAGGUCAAAGAGGAGGCUGGCGAGGGCGUCGGCGACUGGCGUAAGAACGUUGAGGACAAAGCCGACAGGAAGAAGAUGUUCGAGACUUCCUAAAGACUUUCUCUGCCUCUGGGCUUCUACAACUCUUUGUUACAUCUCUGGAAAAAAAAGCCACG